GCACUGAGCACACAGCGCUCAGCAGCAGCGAAGUCGAUAAACGAGGAAGAAAUCCCCGCGCCAUAUUUGAUUUGACUGUAGUUUAAGUUUAAUCGAUCCAAGUCAACCCUCUGUUGUCGGAUUAAACAUGUGUUUUGUGACUCUGCACCUGCCAAAAACAUUUAUUUUCCUCUUCGCAAAUCCCCAAAAUGUCGCCUUCAGUCCGGUCUGGUAGAGAUCUGCUUGAUGCAUCCCCUCGAUGUAGUGAAGACAAGGUUCCAGAUCCAAAGGGGAACCAGUGACCCCAACAGCUACAAGAACCUCAGUGAUUGCUUCCGGACCAUCUUCCGCAAUGAGGGAAUUCUCGGCUUCUACAAGGGGAUCCUCCCUCCAAUUGUGGCGGAGACUCCAAAGAGAGCAGUGAAGUUUUUCACCUUUGAGCAAUACAAGAAGUUGCUGAAUUUGACCCCUUUGUCUCCUGGUUUGGCGCUGUCUGUAGCAGGGCUCGGCGCAGGCUUGACUGAGGCUGUCGUCGUCAAUCCUUUCGAAGUGGUGAAAGUCAGUCUCCAAGCCAACAGAGACUCCUUCACUCAGCAACCCUCUUCAUUUGCUCAAGCAAGGCGCAUAAUUAAUUCAGACGGAUUCGGACUGCGGGGCCUGAAUAAAGGACUAACAUCGACGCUGGGACGCCAUGGAGUUUUCAACAUGAUCUACUUUGGCUUCUACUUCAAUGUCAAGGAUGCUAUUCCUUCCAGCCCGGACCCCACCCUGGAGUUCAUGAGGAAGUUUGCUAUCGGCCUAGUGUCGGGGACCAUCUCCUCCUGCGUGAACAUUCCCUUCGACGUAGCCAAGAGCCGCAUCCAGGGCCCCCAGCCUGUGCCCGGAGAGAUCAAGUACCGCACCUGCUUCCAGUCCAUGGCACUGGUGUACCGGGAGGAGGGGUACCUGGCACUAUACAAGGGGUUGGUGCCCAAGAUAAUGAGGCUUGGACCAGGUGGAGCAGUGAUGCUGCUGGUCUAUGAAUAUGUGUCCGGAUGGCUACAGAAGAACUGGUAACAAAAACAAUCACAGAAAGGAAAACCAAAAGAGUGCCUUAUGGAUCGUGCCUCAUCGCCAUUAUCGUUAACUGAUUCCAGUAACGUCUGACCAAAUACGUUGUUUGUUUUUACCUUGAAUACACAAUACUGCUCUCCGAAAUAACCCAUCAGCAUUACCAUGUACCUCAAUGCAGCUUUCUAAGGAUAAACUACAUCUUCAUCUAAGUAGCUUUCUCAGGAAUUCAAAACAGCUGCAAUAUUUGAACGUGACCAGUGACUUUUUAAUGGAAAACAGCUUUUUUUAACAGUGGAUCAAAGGCCCUGAAAACCUAUUUUCUCAAUCAGCUUCCUACUUUGAGUAAUGGGGUCCUACUUGAACUCAAUAUUUUCAGAAUUUUCUGCCAAAUUUAGAAAAUGUUGUCUUACUUGACAUGAAAGAUUUAUGCAUUUUGUGCUCCUCUUACUGGGUUGUAGUGGGCGGAGCUAAGUAUGUUGCCAGUACUGUCAGUCAAAUCUGAGCAAAGUAAACCCAAAUUAAGCAAAUUAUGUCUUUGAUAGUUAAACUCUUAAAGAAUAAUAACUAAGAAGUGUUAUGAAGUAGUUUAUUAAGUCAUGAAUUCCAUAAUGUUAUUAUGCUAAAUAUUUGAAGUUUUCAAGGGUCAUCAUUUUCAGUUUCAAAUUAAAUAUAACACCGAUAAUGGAAUGAAGGCAUGGUUACAAAAUACCAAAACUCAGCUCAAGAGCGCUCAAGUAUAGAUGAUGUAUAGCUGCACAGUACAUGACUUAUAUGAUGAAACUAACAUAUACUGAGUUUAGAAGAGUCUCACUCCUAGCUCUGCUGGACUCAGUGGAUAAUCCAUAUAUAUCAAACAUCACUUGUAUCUUAAUAGUAUAACGAUGCAUUACUAAUAAUAUAAUAUAAAUAUAAACUGCUUUUAAAGUCAGCUACAGUGCAUGCAGCAGCAGAGUGUCUAUACACACACACAUAGUAUGUGUGUGUAUGUACACCUCUUGAUAUAUGUCUUAAAUAUACUGUGAUCACACCCAUAAUACUGAGCCUUACUCUAUAUCUUAAACGAACCAAAGAGCCGCAAUAGUGCCUGAUAAUUGUUAAUAAGAAUUACUGUUAAUUUCUUAUACACUGAUAUUGUUAUGGCCUAUUGCAGAAGUUUUUUAUCGAAUAUCCUUUUGCAUGACUGAUACUUUUAUGGACCUCCUUGGAAUUGAAGCAUGAAACCUUUUAUUGGUAAGAAAUUGUUAAUUUGACUUUUAUCUCAAUGUAGCUUUUGUUAAAAUUCACUUCUAUGUAUCGGUAACAAAUAAAAGAUGAAUAAUAUUA